CCAGGGGCGGGGAGAGGCUUCAUCAGCUGAUACCUUACGUAGCGCCAGAUUCCCACUUUGCUAAGGCAGGUCCGGGUGGGCGCACCAGCGUGCGUUUUCGGCGUAGCAGCCCCAGGCAUGGUAGAGAUUGGCUAGGUCAGGGCAGAAGACCAUCUCUAGAAAGCAGGUACCUGCGUGGCUUGCCCAGCAUCCGGCUGUUCCCCAGGGAACCACUGCCUGGAGAACGGGGUUGGGGGCGGGCAGGGAGCAGCCCUGGACCAGCGACUGUUCUGACGCACCAGCCCGGUUCCAUGUAUCCACCUAGCAUGGAGCCGAUCCCAAGGAUGCUCUGCUGCGGGCGACCAGACAGCAGUCUCCGCCGAGGUGAGGAAAAGCAGGCAUGUGAUAGCGGGCCCUGGCUUCUAGACUCUGCCCCUUGAGUCCGCUUUCCAAAUCUCUAAGGGUACCCAGACUGUGCGGCUUGCGGUCUAGCGCCCUCCUCUCUGCCUCCGUCUCCUCCAGACUCUCACUGAUUGGAGAUUGGGGCCAGGUUCCUACUCUUGGCAGAAUCCUCUCCACUAGCUAGUGGUCGCAAACAUUUCUAGAUUGACUCCGGUGGGCUCGGUGGCUACUGAAUCUGAACGCAGGUGUCCUGGGCUGGCGAUGGAUCUGACUGUAAACUUGACCUCCUUUUCCCUCUCCACUCCCUCCUCUUUGGAACCCAACCGCAGCCUGGGCACGGAAGACCUGCGCCCUAGUCGGCCCUUUCUCUCAAUUUUUCGAGUGCUGGUCCUGACCUUGCUGGGCUUUCUAGCUGUGGCCACGUUCGCUUGGAACCUGCUGGUGCUGGCCACCAUCCUCAGGGUACGCACCUUCCACCGCGUGCCACACAACCUGGUGGCAUCUAUGGCCAUCUCGGAUGUACUGGUGGCUGCGCUGGUCAUGCCGCUGAGUCUGGUGCACGAGCUGUCCGGACGCCGCUGGCAGCUGGGCCGGCGCCUGUGCCAGCUGUGGAUCGCGUGUGACGUGCUCUGCUGCACAGCCAGCAUCUGGAAUGUGACAGCCAUAGCUCUGGAUCGUUACUGGUCUAUCACACGCCACCUGGAGUACACACUCCGUGCCCGCAAGCGCGUCUCCAACGUGAUGAUCGCGCUCACCUGGGCACUCUCUGCUGUCAUCUCUCUGGCCCCGCUGCUCUUCGGCUGGGGAGAGACGUACUCUGAACUCAGCGAGGAGUGCCAGGUCAGUCGCGAGCCUUCCUACACCGUGUUCUCUACGGUGGGCGCCUUCUACCUGCCGUUGUGCGUGGUGCUCUUCGUGUACUGGAAGAUUUACAAGGCUGCGAAGUUCCGCGUGGGUUCUAGGAAGACCAACAGCGUCUCCCCGGUUCCCGAAGCUGUGGAGGUGAAGGAUGCUACACAACAGCCCCAGAUGGUGUUCACUGUCCGCCAUGCCACCGUUACCUUCCAGACAGAAGGGGAUACAUGGCGGGAGCAGAAGGAGCAGAGGGCGGCCCUCAUGGUGGGCAUCCUUAUUGGGGUGUUUGUGCUCUGCUGGUUUCCUUUCUUUGUCACGGAGCUCAUCAGUCCCCUGUGCUCCUGGGACAUCCCUGCCAUCUGGAAGAGCAUCUUCCUGUGGUUGGGAUAUUCCAACUCCUUCUUCAACCCACUCAUCUACACAGCCUUCAACAGGAGCUACAGCAGUGCUUUCAAGGUCUUCUUCUCUAAGCAGCAGUGAGGGGCCACAUGGGAGUGCCUUCUUCCCAUGAUCCUCUGCAGCCAGCCAGCAGUCCUGAGGAUGAGAUCCAUCUGCCAAGGGCACCAGGGUCACAUCAGAGCUCAGCUCACCUCAUGUCUGUGCUCGUGGGUUGGGAGUUGUCUUCCCCUGAAGGGUCUGGUGGCUUAUGUCCCCAAUCUGGGUACUCUCCCUCACUCUGUACCAGCAGCCACGGACCUGUCCCACAAAGUACCCAUUCCUCCUCUAAAUCCACUCCGGCAUGGUCAUGAGAAAAGCUGACCAAAGAAGACAGAAAGGGGGAGAAAGCGAGCGAAACAGCUCAUGCACUAGAGAGAGGCAGAAAGGAUGACAAGGCCUCAAGUUGCCGGUGAUCACACACACCGUGAAUUCAGCACUUAGGAGACUAAGGCAGGAGGAUCUCAAGCUUGCUACACAAUAGGUUCAAAGCCAGCUUGGGCUAUGUAGUGAUAACAGCAAAAUGCCCUUGCGAGGCUGUUUGCACAGCAGCAGGCCAUACGGUCAAACCUCCCAGGAUAGCUAGUCCGUAAUUCAGAAUUCCUAGAACUUACCAAGUUCUUCCUAACAUCUGACCACAAAAUUCUAUCCCCAAACAUAUCAAAGCACAGUCCCACUUGUGAGGAUAGCCAUUGCUGUCUUUGCUGUUUUGUUCACGGUAAACACACACACUCACUGCAGAAAAGGACAGUUUCUAGUUAAAACCAGCUCAGCCCAUCAGCUUGGAACUGGAAAAAUGAAAGAUUUCCUUCCAUUUUGAAACAGCUGUUCACAAAAAAUAGAGAAAUCUACUAACUUCA